AUGUCAAUUCUGAUCCUGUACGGUAGCGAGACGGGUACGGCGCAGGAUCUAGCCGAAUCCCUUCGACGCGAAGCGCAAAUGAGACAUUUGGCGGCGAGAGUGUUCGAAUUGGAUGAGUAUGAUGUUGGGAAUCUCCCCUCAGAAGAUGUGAUUCUCUUUGUUGUCUCCACCACCGGCCAAGGAGAAAUGCCGCCGAAUAUGCGAAAAACGUGGAAAUCCCUGCUUCGAAAGUCGCUGGGCAUGGAUUUCCUCCGAAAUACGCAUUGCACUGUCCUGGGACUCGGCGAUUCGUCAUACCAGAAGUACAAUUUUGCCGGGAAGAAGCUAUUUCGACGUCUAGCUCAAUUGGGAGCAAAAAUGAUGACGAAGGGGGCGUUUUUGGCCGAUGAUCAGCACGAAAUUGGUAUCGAUGGAGCUUUUAUACCCUGGAAGCAAGAAAUAUGGACCGGGAUUCGAGAUUUGGGGAUUUUCGAGAAAAUGAGCGAGCAGAUAGAUCCGGACGUCGAAAUUCAGACGAGAUAUCGAAUAGUGGCAGUGGGAAAAGGAGUAGAAGAAGAAUCAGAAGACGCGGAAUUUUCAGAAUCUGACUACGAAGCCCUCCGAGUCGCUAGCAACGUCCGUGUGACUUCUGAAGCUCAUUUCCAAGACACUCGUCUUGUGAAAUUUGAAAUUCCCGUCGAAUCUAGAAUUCCCAUGACGUAUCUCCCAGGAGAUGUUCUCAUGGUGCGCCCUUAUAAUCCAGAAGAAACCGUGAAAAUUGCCAUAGAAGCGUUGGGAUAUUCAGAGGAGAUGCUGCACAGGACAGUAAAAGUGGUGAAAAAUGAUCAAUUUUCAAAAAAUCCACCGUAUUUUCUAUUCGGACACAGAACGACACUUUUAACCCUCCUCCAGCGCUACUUCGACCUCCAACAGAUACCAAAACGCUCGUUUUUUGAAAUGAUGGCUUACUACUCGAAGGAUCCAUCGGAAAAGGAACGUCUUCGAGAACUUUCCAGCCCCGAAGGUCUUGACGAUCUUCUGGACUAUGCGAAUCGAUGUCGGAGGACCACGGCAGAGACUUUUCGGGAUUUUCCGGCCACUUCUAAGAAAUUGGGGCUAAAUCAUCUUUUUGAGAUUCUCACUGUCAUUCGUCCUAGAGCAUUUAGUAUUGCAUCGGCGCCGAGCGGAAGCCACGUGGAAUUGUUGGUGGCGAAAGUGGAAUACAAGUCGAGGAUGGCGGAUAGAAGGCGGGGAUUGUGUAGCACUUUUAUUGCGAGGCUCAAGGAGGGGGAUGAGGUCUUCUGCAAAAUCCGCGCUGGCACCUUCCGAUUCCCCACGCCCGACGCUCCAGUCAUCUGCAUCGGUCCUGGCACAGGAGUAGCCCCGUUUCGAAGCCUUUUCGGGCAAAGAUCUCAAAUCUCUCCCAACUCGACGGGUUUUCUAUUCUUCGGAUGUCGUGGCGAACAUGACGACUUCUAUUUUUCCGAGGAAUGGAAUAAAAUGGAAUGUGUGGAAGUGGUUGCUGCAUUCAGUAGAGAUACGGAGAAGAAGGUUUAUGUACAGCACAAAAUGGGCGAAAGAGCUAGGGAUAUUAAGAAGAUGUUGGAUUCGGGAGCCAGUGUAUUCAUCGCUGGAAGUUCUGGAGACAUGCCAAAAGCGGUGGCGUCGGUUUUAGCACAAAUCCAGGGCGGGGAGUGGACCAAGAAAGCCGAAGAGACUGGAAGGAUUCAGUACGAGACGUGGUCCUAA